AUGCAGGUUUGGAUCCAGUACGACGACGAACAGAAGAGGAUGAACAUCACCGUGACCGAACCCGCCUCUCAAUCUCUCCACCUACCUUCUCAGAUCAAGGUACGUGGGGUUCUCGUCCUCGAUGAGCACCCUCACGAGCACGCAGUACAUCCUCGGGUGGAGCUUCGGCAAAACAGAGGAAGAAGAAACCCCGCCGCCGGAUCUCCGCCUUCUCCCCGUCUCUCCCCAGCUGAGCAAGGCGGCGAAAAAUUAGGCACCGUGCCGAAGGUCAUCCUCGUAAUUUUAUCAUCUUUCUCGCCGAAAUCGCUGUCGGAGCUUACCUAG